AUGCGACCUAUCCUGCACCUCCCUGCAGUGCCUCACGCGCUCAGCCUUCCCACGCUUAGCUCAGGGCCCCGUCUGGCUUCAAGUGACUUUAUGGUUUCCAGCAGUAGCGGCGCUGUGUGUCACUUUCUGAGAAGCAUCCCAGUGAACACUUUCCACCACUACUGCCCCGCCUACCAAGCUUCACGGGGUGAGUCGCUGAAAACGCGACAGUGGAAGGUGGUUGCUGGGAGAGCGACCAGUGACCUGGUUGACGCUGUGGCAGGAACGGUGGUGGCUGCGGUGAACAAGGAGAUGACAGGCGGCAAAGGGGGAAAUGAGUUGCGGCAUUCAGUGCAUGUCUUGCAGGAGAGAAACAGAGCAGUUGUCACUGAGCUGGAGCAGUGGAAGAGGGAGUUGGUAGCAGUAAAAGAAGAGCUAGAGGUGGUGAAGCAGUGGCGAAGGGCAGUGAUUGAGGGGAGACUGGAGCUGGACGUUAAAGAGGAGCUGAGGGAGAGCAAGGGGGAUCAGCAGAAGAUCUGGAAGAGAAUUCAGUCAGCUACAGCAUCACGCUCCACCAUCCUAGACCUGAGUCAUCACUCCCGCCUCUCAGACUCUAUCCUGGGCCUCGUUUCCACAAUGACCCACCUCAAGAGCAUCGACUUGAGCCACUGCUCCGGCUUCAGUGCAGCAGGCGUACAGCACCUCUACAGGCUCCCGCAGCUGGAGAGGCUAGAUAUGGAUAACACGGCUCUCUUGGACAGUGCGCUGGAGCCCAUUGGGGCUGCGAACAGCCUGAACCACCUCUCUCUGCUCGGGACCAAUGUGACCGAUGCUGGCCUUCGGCACUUGACUGGCCUUCACUCGCUCACAGCCAUGUGGCUCAACAGGUGUGUAGGUGUGACGUCCGCAGGCAUGGUGCAUGUGGGAAAGCUGACUCGCCUUGAGAAGUUGUCUCUGUUUGGCACUGCGGUGGACGAUAGUGGGGUUAGGCAGUUGACUUCGUUGACCAGGCUGAAGAAGCUCUGGCUGCCAGAUGGAAGGGAGGUUGAUUAUAAGGGGCUAUGCAGGCUGUUAGACAGGGCGGGGAAGGAGGAGAAUGAGGAUGGAAGGGUCGAUUCCUCUCGUCAUUUCUUCCUCCUCGUGCGCAUCGUUAUCGUUCUGUCGCGUUAUCGUCUCUCGCGGCUCCCCCCCUGUUCCGUUUCUCCGUGGGGGUUGUGCCGCAUCCGUGUCGCCGCGGUCAGGCUGAGCAGCCGCAAUCGUCUCAGCAGCCGAGCUCCGCUGGUCCUGCUUGUGUUACUUACAAGAAUUUUCAAGAGUAGCACCUACAUCGCCGGGCUGAGCUACCGCAUCCGUCACAGCAGCUGCUCCACUGAACCUAAUCCUGGCUUCACGGUGUUGCUUGCAGAAAGGCCUGAAUCAACUCGCACAAUCAGCUGGUUCCCAUGGCUCGGAUGCUCGAAUCCUCCUGUCCACGACGCGCAGAAUCUUUCGCAUGAACCUCGCAGGUUGCAAGUGAACCAACCUCUAAUGCUUUCUGCUAUCCCCCGUCAGUUCAAUGCCCUUGACCCUCGGAACGACACUACCCUGGAUCUCCUUCAGCCGCUUGCAGUUGACUGCACCACCCAUCUUGCCCCCUCCGGAGUCAUGGCCUUUGCCCUCCUCCACUCCCUGAUGCGAGCAUCGCUGCACGCUUUUUCCCUUCUGCUACACAAAACCAUGUGUGGAAUGCGGGGACUGCGCGAGGCUGCUACAAUAGCUUUGGGGUUGAGAGUGGGGAGAGACAGGCUGAAGAUAGAAGCGAUGGAGAUGAGAAUGACGGCACUUGGCGUGCAACUGGAAGAGGCGAUGAGUAGGUUGGAAGAGAUUGAGCAACGGAGGGCAGAGGAUGUCAGGGAACUGAGAGGGCAAGUGGAGGAAAGGGAGAGGGAGGUAGCAGCAGUGGAGGGGAAACUGGUGGAACAGACAAACCUCUGUGUGGGAAGGGUGGAGCAGAAACUGCUGGAGCAGCUGUCAAGGGUGGAGCAGACCGUGGGUGAGAAGGUGGAGUCUGUCCGGGCUCAGAUGAUACAGCAGCGCCCCGGUGCGGCCCAGAGCGAGGCGGUGCAGCCGAGGAAGGAAAUGGAGGAGGCUGGAGAGAGGGAGGGGGAGGAGAGGAGGAAGGAGGUGGAGGAGUCGGCAGCUUGGACGGAUCUGAAGUUGGAUGUUGAGCUGGAGAUCAGGCAGAGUGAGGGCGAACAGAGGAAUGCGUGGCAGAAAAUCAACUUGGCAUCACAAGAUUCCAGCUUGAAUCUGAAUGGAUUCCGCAACCUCUCGGAUGCCAUUCUCGGCCAUGUGUGCACCAUGACUCAUCUGAGGACCAUCUACUUGUGUCAUGCUUCAGGCCUCAGUGCUGAUGGCAUGGGGUAUCUUUACAAGCUUCCACAGCUGCAAGAUUUAGAUCUCUCAUUCGCUGCCAUCCCAGACAGUGCCUUGGAAUGCAUUGGGUCAGUGAGCAGUCUCGUAUCCUUGAAACUCGGCCAAACCAAGGUGACCGAUGCUGGACUGGCGCACUUGACACGCCUUUCCUCUCUCGAAACGCUUCUUCUCAAUGGCUGCAAGGGUGUGACUUCUGCUGGCAUGGUGCAUGUGGGGAGGCUCACAAGCCUUACGAGUCUCUGGUUGGCUGGUACUUCGGUCACGGAUGAUGGGCUGCAGCAGCUGACUGCCCUGACCAAGCUAACUCACGCCCCCAUGGAGAGGUUAGGUUCAAAGUAG